GUACCUCGAACCGGAACGUUCAAGAUGGGCGCAACGAGCAUACCUGGUCCAUCCUCCUCGCAAUGGCUCUUCCCAAUCUCUGCACUUCAAGUAACACCGUCAAGAACUACAUCAGAGAUACCUCUUGAAAAAGAACUCUACGAUAGAGCAAGAGGCGUCGAAUUUUUGUUCCGCCUAGGCGUUUCUUUGGGGUUACCAUCAUCUGCCAUGUAUACGGCAGCGACUUGGUUUCAUAGAUUCUACAUGCGCUAUUCUAUGGAGGACUAUCAUCGCCAGUCAAGGAUGUCGCUGGGGCAUGUAUAUUCCUUGCCACCAAGACGGAAGAAUGUGGAAGAAAACUUCGUGAUGUUGCGAAAAUCAUGUGUGCUAAGAUAGCUAAGGUCGAUCCUAAAGAAGUAGCAGACGACAGUAGGGAAGUCGAGGAAGCCCAGCAUGCAAUACUUCUCGCAGAGGAAGUACUCCUUGAGGCAUUGUGUUUUGACUUCAUAGUUGACAGUCCCCAGGUUGAGCUUGUAGACCUGUUCGAGGCUCGAGAAGAGUCCUUCGAAGUCGAGGAGUAUGCUUGGUCCAUUGCCAAUGACUCAUACAGAACUCCGCUUUGUGUCCUUUAUCCGCCCCGUAUCAUAGCGGCCGCGUGUUAUGUGCUUGCGCAGCAUAUCGUGGAAGGCCCGGAAUCCUCAACACCACUGUCUGCUCGAAUUUCCUCCCCCGCACCGUCGGCGUCCCUUCCUACCCCGCCUUCUCAGAGCGCGAUGCCAUCAGAAAGCUCUCGCUUCGCCGUGGAGUUCUUCCGCUUCAACGAAAUCGAGAUGGCGUCUGUAGGAGAUGUGCUUGCCAUCUUACUCGAGUUCUUUGCCGCUCAGGAUGUUCAAGGUCCUGCCGAAUAUCUUGCACCAAUCGCUGAGAUCCAACCGCCCACCACGUCGCCAAGAGAGAAGUUAUAUCAACCAUUUGCCCAUGUUGCCCAAGUCAGCGGUGUCAGGGCCAAUGGCUCGGACACGGUACGCAAGGACGAAAAGCCCCCACCACCGGUUCCCGAGACAAAGACAUCAACCCAACCAUCAGGACGUGGUUGGAAGCCCAUCACAAGUGAAAAAACGAACAGCGGCCGACCACCUGAUAGAUUAUCAGAACGGCUAGAUUUAAGUUAAUGCUUACCGUUCAAACGUUCAUGGCUUGCCUUUCUUUCUUCUCGUCAACUCUGUACGAUGCUGUAUAUUAUUAUCACCAAUGUUGUCACCAGACUAUCUUGC